AUGGCUGAGCACCUAACCUUUAAAACAAAUAAUAUUCCCAAUAUUUGUAAUAAUACUAACCAUAAUGAUAGUGAUAACAAUAAUGAUGAGAAUAUAGAAACAAUAAUGUUACCAACAUCGUUCUUAAAAUGCUCACGUUCUGAUUUAGUUGUUCUAAUUUCCAGAAUGUUAACAUUUUUGAUUCAAAUUAACGAUAGAAAUGAAAUUUUAACAGAAAACAAUUCUGCAAUGAUCCCAACGCAAACAGAUGUAAAUAAUAAAAAUAACAACAAUAUGAUAAAUUUAACAAGAUUUCAUUCAAGAGUUCCACCAAAUAUUUCAGUUAAUAAUUACUUGAUACGGCUAACAAAAUAUGCUUCUCUAGAGCAUUCUGUACUUUUAUCGUCCCUUUAUUAUAUCGAUUUACUAUCGUCAGUCUACCCAGAGUUUAAAAUAAAUUCUUUAACAGUUCACAGAUUUCUGUUGGCUGCAACAACUGUGGCAAGUAAAGGUUUAAGUGAUUCAUUUUGCACAAAUUCUCAUUAUGCAAAAGUUGGAGGUGUCAGAUGUAGUGAAUUAAAUAUUUUAGAAACAGAUUUCCUGCGAAGAAUUAAUUACAGAAUUAUACCAAGAGAUGAUAAUAUAAAAUUAUGUAAACUGGAAAAGAAAAGCAGUCAAUUCACGCUUGAUUUAGGUGAUUUAUUAGCCGCAAAUAUUCAACCGGAGUUAACCCAUCCAAAUAGUGGAUAUAAUGUUUUAAACAUAUAUUACAGAAAAAUGGUUCAAAUAGUUGGUUUAUUAAAGAAUUCAACUGAUAAAUCAAAAAAAGUCAACUACAUAAUCCAAACUAAUUAUAAUGAUACAAAUAUUUCAGAUAUCGAUGACAACAGGAAAGUUAUACAAAUCUACGCUCAGCAUAUAACACCACAGAAAAGGAACUAUGAUGAUCAUGUUAAUAUUCUUACAAAGGGAGAACAAAUUCAACAAACUGAUAAAUCAGUUAUGUCAAAACCAGAAGAUGGUCUACCAAAAGUGCCCAAAUAUUCUCCUGAAUACGCACCUAAAUACAAUAUUUUAAAUUCUAAUGAAUAG